ACAUUAACUAAGAUUAAUAAAUGCUGCAAUGUCUUUCUGAAUUGAAGAUAAUUGUGCAGAGAUGCUGUGAUUAAUAUUUGCAAUCUAUAAUUAAUACUUAUUUCAAAUUUGGCAGAAAAAGUCCAAGAUCUCUGCAUCCCGGAAGCUGAUGCUAAAGAGUCUUAUGGUAGCUAAAGCAAAGGACGAGUUAGAGCAUGAACUGGCAAAUAAAGAGGCAGAGAAGGACAGAUAUCUGGCUGAUAAAUCUCCACCAUUACAGACCAGUGGAAUGUCUUUCGCUGAGCUUCAAGAACUGUGUCAAGAACUUCACACUAAAAUUGACGUUGUGGACGAGGAGCGCUACAACACUGAAGCAAAAGUGCUACUCAACACAAGAGAAAUCAAGGAUUUGAACAUUAAAGUUCUGGAUCUGAGGGGCAAAUUUAAGCGGCCCACUCUGAGAAGAGUGAGAGUCUCAGCUGACGCCAUCCUGUGCUCUUUAUUGGGCUCCAAACACAAGGUUUCCAUGGACAUGAGAGCCAACCUAAAGUCUGUGAAGAAGGAGGACACAGAGAAGGAAAAGACAGCAGAGGUCAGCGACUGGAGGAAAAAUGUGGAGGCCAUGUCUGGAAUGGAGGGGAGAAAGAAAAUGUUUGAUGCAGCACAAUAAUGAGUGAGAGCAACAAAAAAUCUGCAAACAUGAAUUCAGGAUGGGCGUUCAGAGGAGGUGAUAAUGCUGGCAAAAUAAAAUAUACAACAUUUUGUUAAUAUGCUUAAAAACUUCCAAGCCUCAUAAAAACAAUAAAAGAAUGCAAUAAAAUACAAUAAAACUAAAGUUAUUAAGUAACUAGUCCAUUUGUUCAGUAAAUCUCUACAAACCAAGCCUUGUUAAGGUGGCAAUGUGAAAAGUCUCAUCAAACUUGUCCUGUUAAUAAAAUUUGUAAUCUGCAAAGAGCCACGAUUUUAUUUCUCAUUCUAGAUUUCUCAUUUGAAUAUGAAACAUAUGAAUGUUGGUUUUUUUGUACAAUGAAUAAUUCAAAAGCACAAUGAUAAAAUAAACAGGAAAUGUAACCCC